AUGAUGCGCCGUAGCACUCUCCGAUCACGACUGGGGUGCUCUAGGUGCAAGCAAAGACGCGUGCGCUGCGACCAGAAUCAUCCAGUGUGCAACAACUGCUUGCGAAUGAGUCUUGACUGUACCUAUGAAACUCCGCCACCUCGUAAGAGGAAAGGAAUGCAGAGUGGCCGGAGCGAUGCAUCAGGGCGUGGUAUCUCAAUUGAGAGCUCAUCAGGUCAAGAGUUCGUCGUUGGUUCAAUUCCCCAAGAUGACGAGGCUACGUCCUCAUCAGCUGCCUCAUUUCUCGGUCCCAGUCUCGCCAACCAGAACGAGUGUCGAAACACUUGGGAUCAACCAGAAUUCCUUUCUGGCGUGGACCCAUCCAUCUGUCCAGCCGACUUCAAUAUCCUCUAUGACAUGUCGUACAUGGAGCAACCGUUCCCGAGCUUCUCCUUCUCAGACUUGGACCUCAGCAACCAUGGGCCUUCUCAAUCUAGUCCGACUGAGACGCUUCUGCAGGACGAAUCUAUGAGGCUAAGCAUUGGAGAGGCGUCUUGCGGAUCCCGUCGUGACGGAGAUGUGGGAGGAUAUUUUCCAGGGUCCCUCGAAGACGGCCACGACGUGGCGUCAGCUACGUCGCCACCAGUUCAACCGAAUAUCAGAACUUUCCUGCAAUCAUAUUUCUGUAGUGACGUAUCGCCCCCAGCAUCUCUUCUUUCCAUGGACCGCUCGGGAUGGCACAGGUUACGAAAUCACCUACUUCGCGCCGCGAUGAAAAAUGAGUCCGCAAACCAUGCCAUUCUUGCCAUCUCGGAGCUCUACGCUGAACAAAAUACAAUUUCAAACCCUCGACUAGGCGAUAGACCUCACCAACUUGACGCGCUUCAAUUGCACGAGCUGGCAUGCCAGGAGCUCAGUGUUGAUGUCCAGCCCGUUGGGUUUGAUGCUGAAACCCAAAACGCUCUACUUGUCACAAUCUUCUGCUUGGCGUGGUUCCAGCCAGGCACGUUUUCCCCAAGACAUGGCCAAAACCGUCAUCACCAGUACGGGAAAGUGGUACCCCAGUCGAGAUUGAUCCUGAAGUGCCUUAAUUCUAUUGAUGCAAAAACAUCACAUAUGGGAGGCAGACAACUACUAUGCCCUGCCUCUCUUGAUGUCGCAUUUGAACACCGUUUCGAGUGCGAGAAUCAAGCGGAGGACGAGGCUGACGAUGAAAGCGAUGUCUAUGUCCCUCCUGAAACUUCAACCACCAACCAAGGGCCGCAGAGAAUUAGUUAUGUUUCGACCUCGAGUCCCUGGGCGACAUCCACCAGGGCUGGGCUGUCUACUCUGCCUCGGAUCAUAAAAAUGAACGUUUUCAACGCUAUUCUUCAACCUGGACUCGAGUUUCACAUUGUCUCCCAGUGCUACAGCCGACGGAUUUCCUCUUACGAAAGCCACCAUCGCACAAGGGGUACGGCAGAAGACGAGUAUGAGGUUGUAACGGCAUGCAAGCAGCUCGAGCUCGAGCUGAACGACCUGUGGAGGCGACGACCUCGAGUGCUGGAAAUAACUCUGGCCGAGUUGUCGGAAAUCGUCUGUGAGGAUGUCGCACGGUCGGCAAUUAGUCUCUUUUGCGUCUACGUCGUAACGUUUUGGGCACACUUUGUAUACAUACAUCGGACGGCGUGGUGGGACUUGCCCCUCUCAAAUACUGCCAAGCACGCAUUAGACAUCAUGUGGCGGACAAUGCGUCGGGCAACCAACCAGCCUGAGGAAUUUCCAGUUGAGAGGCCUUUAGAGCCAGAUUCUUCUGAGGCCGGACAUAUGCUCCACCCCGGCGUAAUGUCCCUCGAGACCAUCUGGCAUAUCGGGCAGCUCAUCGCCGGAAAUCCGCGCUCAGAAUGCACUCCGGGCGUCGACUCUGCUUCAGGAGCUGAUCCGACGUCAAACGCAGUCUCACAAACGCCUUCACUGGGAGCAGUUAUCAAUUGA